AUGGGGGUGGGAAUGGGCGGGCAGAAAGGGGGGCGGGUGCUGUGGCCCCCGGGAUCCGAGGACCCCCUCCGUCUCCGCCACACCCGGUCAGCCCCCUCCUGCCAGGCCCAGCCAGACCCCGCGCCGUCUUCUCCCUGUCACCCACGGUCGCCUCGGGCGGGGAUCGGUGCCCCGGAGCGCAAACUGACGCGUCCCCCCUCUCUCACUGCCCCCCCGCCCCCCACCGCCCAGUCCCUGGCGGCGAUGAGACAGAGCGGCGCCUCCCAGCCCCUGCUGAUCAACAUGUACCUGCCAGAUCCCGUCGGAGACGGUCUCUUCAAGGAAGGAAAGAGCCCGGGAUGGGGGCCGCUGAGCCCCGCGGUACAGAAAGGCAGCGGGCAGAUCCAGCUGUGGCAGUUUCUGCUGGAACUGCUCGCUGACCGCGCGAACGCCGGCUGCAUCGCGUGGGAGGGUGGCCACGGCGAGUUCAAGCUCACCGAUCCAGACGAGGUGGCGCGGCGCUGGGGCGAGCGCAAGAGCAAGCCCAACAUGAACUAUGACAAGCUGAGCCGCGCGCUGCGCUACUACUACGACAAGAACAUCAUGAGCAAGGUGCACGGCAAACGGUACGCUUACCGCUUCGACUUCCAGGGCCUGGCCCAGGCCUGCCAGCCGCCGCCCGCGCACGCCCACGCCGCCGCCGCCGCUGCAGCCGCAGCAGCUGCCGCCCAAGACGGUGCGCUCUACAAGCUGCCGGCCGGCCUCGCCCCGCUGCCCUUCCCCGGCCUCUCCAAACUCAACCUCAUGGCCGCCUCGGCCGGCGUCGCGCCAGCCGGCUUCUCCUACUGGCCGGGUCCGGGCCCCGCCGCCACCGCCGCCGCCACCGCUGCGCUCUAUCCCAGCCCCGGCUUGCAGCCCCCGCCCGGGCCGUUCGGCACCGUAGCCGCCGCCUCGCACUUGGGGAGCCAUUAUCACUAGACGGGGCGGCCGGGUGCUGUGUGGCCUCUCCCGACACCCAGAGCCUCGCUCAGAACCAUCCACGUCCCUGGGAAGGGGCGUGGAGCCUCUCCCACCUUCCCUUCAACUUCAGAUUUUACUCUACUGCCGCACCCAGCCUCUUGGGAAGGGACCUGAAGCCUCCUCUUCUAACACUGCGUUUGCCCCCACUCCCGCUUUAUCCCCCAACCCCCUGGGGAGGGUGACUGGCGCCUCCCCUUUUCUUCUAAGUUCCGCCUUCCUCCAGGCCGGAGAUCCCUGAAGGGAGCUCCCGGACUUCCCCUGGCUUUGCCUCCUCUCCACUGGGACUCUGCCCUGGCUCCUUGAAGUCCCCUCCAUCAUGACCCCUGCCUUUCUAAUUCCAAAUCUUUCCUCAUUUUUUCUCCUCUUCACCGAGCUGCCCAUCCCAGUACGGCGGAGGGCUGCACCCACCAUCUGCUCUCCAGCUCCCCCUCACUCCCUCACCUCAGCGGGCUUGGUGAGGGUCACUGUCUCCCUAGGACGCACCGAGGUAGCUUCUGGCCCGCUUGCUCCAGCCCCCACCGCCCCACAGGACAGCCCAGUGUGUUUCUAUUCCCUUCCAGACCCAUUAAAGCUCCCAA